CUUCGAUGUAAGCUACAACAACAUCGCAGGGCGCUACGUCCCAUCAGCUCUGCGUGUCAAGUCAUGUGCGGCUACGGACGGCAACAAUGAACCUAAGCCAACGAAAGGCUCGCUUCCCAACAGUGACACUCUCGGAAGCCCGGAAGAGAUCAAGCGCUACUUCUGGCGAUCAGCAAUCAUCGCACAGCAUGACCCUACAUGACUCUGAAGAGACACCGGGCAAGUUGAGCUACCUGUUUCUCUUCCAUGAAGCCAACCCUAGGUGCGAUAGCGAUGGGAUCAUCUACACGAAGUUCAACCUUGAGCUGCUGCCACCUGCAACUACUAAAACGUCUUUUGAGCCAAUCAAGGAAGGAACCAAUCUAGCAGCCAUCUCUACCUCGGAGGUUGCCACUCAAGACGAACGACGGCCAAUGAAUCAUGUAAGCAAAAGGGCUGAGAGGGAAAUGUGCACGGGCUUGAAUAUUCUAGAGCAUGUUAUCAGCACAAACACAGAGCGCCGACAUGAUGCACCCUACGCAGCCAAACCUGAGCCUGUACACAACUGCGACAUGACCAACCCAGUUGCGGUGUUCAAGGCAGCGAAAGGCCGCCGCUCAGGUGCUCGAAACUUCGCUUCUCGAGGGCUGGUACCGUGUUGAGAGAAGGUUGCCUACCUAGAACCACGCACUCCCGACCUUGUGCGCAUGCUCGAACAGAAGUGGUCGCGGACUGAUCGCUACGGUCGACUUGUCAAGCGAGAGCGAGACCAUGCUUCGUGGCAGAGCAGCCUAAGCAUGCGCUGGGCGGUGCUGAAGCUGAUGAAGGACGACGUUUCCGCGUCUGAGGAGGGUGAGCCGGUCAUUGAGAAGCUCCCGGAGA